GAAAACUUACUUGUUUGUCAAAUAUGUUGUGUAAAUUAUAAACUCAAUAUUUUCCAUAAAGUGGUAAUAGGUGGUCUUUUGGUACAGCAAAUUCAGUUUGUGGGUACCCAAUGGACCCAAUAAAAGUUACUGCAGAAACAAAUCAGUAAAUAAGCUUUAUUAUGGAGGAUACCUUGAGUGUUAAAUCUAAUGAAUCAGUAGCAACAAGUGAAGAAUUCGAUUUUAUAGGUGAUAAACCAGGAGUCAGUAAAACACCAACGCUGGAUUUUAAGAAUGGAGAUUUAAAGGAAUUAACAGACGCUCUUACUGAGGUUUUGGAGGAAACUGAUAGUAAUAUAACUGAAGCUAUUGGAAAUGAUAUAAAAAUGGAUCAGAGUGCGUUCUGUGGAUGUGGUGCAAAAAUUGAGGAUCCUUUGAGUAUGGAAGGUUUGUCCCCCACAGAGAAACAGGAUUCAAUGAAACCUGAUACUAGUUCAGAGGAAGAUGAUAGUAUUUCAGAUGUGGACCAAGAGUGCACCAUAUUUUCUGGAGUUACAUAUCUCGGGGCAGCUGCAAUAAAUGCGCCAAAGUCUGAACCAGAAAUACAACGUAAUAUGGUAAUACUGAAUGAACAAAGUACCGAUCAGGGCAUUAAGAUAUCAGUAUCGGUUCCGUCUUCAUCACAGGGCUUAGUUGUUCUCUAUGAUGCCAAUACUCAUUCCGUCAUUUCUCGUUACGAGAUACAUAGAAUUCUAUUCUACGCUCGCGGGUCUGCCGAUAGUCCAGAGGCUGGCUGCUUUGCUUUUGUGUGGUCGCAUGGAGACUCGCAAGAGUCGGCUAUAUUCCAGUGCCAUAUUUUCCGAUGUGAUAUCGCCGAGGCCGUCACACGAGUUUCUGCUUGCUUUGCUAAGGCUUUCCAACGAGUUCCGCGUUCCAUGAGCAGUUCCGUAGUUUCUGUGGCUGACAUGACGGGAUCCAUUACAACUCUUUCAGAAGUUCGUACCUUGAUGUACGUUUUCGAGGUCAGCCUAGAAAUAAAAGAAGACGACGGCAAAGGAUCGUUUACCACCGUGGGCAAAGAUAAGAACGGUUUCCGACUGAAACUGAACGUUGAGAAGCAACUAUGUCUCAGCAUCCGUCAAGUUUCCGACAACGGUCCCCAACUCUUUAUCGAGAGGUGUUUCGGCGUCUUGGUUGCCGCUGGUCGGCACGUCAGGCACUCCGAUAUGCAGCUCUUAGAAAUGAAGGAGCAAGGCGCCUCAAAUAGUACGUCCCAUGAGAGAAACUGCACGCUAAUCUCGGCAUCUUGGGAUCCCACAGAGCCUUCAUUUGAGCCCCUUAAUAUAGAGACGCCAAAAGAACUGAAGCAGUACAUGACUGUUGCAGUGGAUUUGGUUAUAAGAGGGAUACAGGAACCAGUCAGGUUUCAAAUAGAAACGCCUGUGAGGAUCUUCGGGCAGAGCGAGAGGAACUUUUGGUAUUUUCAGAGGAAAAGUCUCGUUCAGCAGUUUUUCUUGAAUCUGAAAGAGAUCGUUUCCGAAUUGAAUGACGUCUAUUACGAGGUUCUGAACAUGGAGACCUCGGGUGAACUAGAUAGAAACCUGUUGAAUCUAAAUCUGAAUUUGUCCAGUUUGAUACAAUCGCCCAGUAUCACCCCGAUAGACACCCUGACGCCUAAAGAAGAAUUCCACUCAGGUAAAUCCCUUCCUAGAGACGGCGAUGAACCUUUGUUGAGCGGUACGGGUCUGGUGUCUAAGGAUUGCUCUGAGGACGUCUUGGAAAAUUGGGCGGACGUUCUGAAUCGGUGGAAGUCUACGAAGCAGAAACCUAAGCAACUCGCUAGCUUAGUCAGGUUGGGUAUUCCAGAAGCUUUAAGGGGCGAAGUGUGGCAGAGGUUAGCCGGCGUAGAGGAAAACAACGAAAUGAUGGAAAAUUAUCGAGUUCUAAUAACGAAGGAGUCCAGUUGUGAGAACGUCAUUCAAAGGGAUAUCGCCCGCACUUUUCCUGCCCACGAUUUUUUCAAGGAGGCCGGUGGUUUGGGACAGGAUUCUCUGUAUAGAGUGAGCAAGGCUUAUGCCGCUUACGAUUCAGAAGUGGGAUAUUGUCAGGGACUAAGUUUUCUUGCAGCUACCCUCCUGUUACAUAUGCCGGAAGAACAGGCCUUUUGCGUCCUCGUGAAGCUGAUGUACGACUAUCGCCUGAGAGACCUGUACAAAGACGGUUUCGAUAACUUGUAUUUAAGGCUGUUCCAGCUCAACAAGCUGAUGGAGGAACAGUUGACCCCGUUGUGGGUGCAUUUCAGAGAGCACCACAUCGAAACCCACAUGUUUGCGUCCCAGUGGUUCCUAACCCUGUUCACUGCCAGAUUUCCGUUAUACUUUGUGUUCCACAUCAUCGACGUUUUUCUCUUGCAAGGCAUCGACACGCUGUUCCAAGUAGCACUGGCGUUGUUGAUGCUUUGCAAAAGAGACCUGCUGCAGCUGGACUUCGAGGGUAUUCUGAAAUACUUCAGGGUUUCCCUGCCAAAGAAGUGCAGGACUGAGGAGUCUGCGAAACAAUUAAUGAAGUUGGCAUGCAGUUUGAAGGUUAAAAAACUUAAAAAAUACGAACUAGAGUUUAUAGCUUUAAAAGAGGCUGCCGACAAUGCGGAGAAAGAGGCCAGCGAGGUUGAGCAACUGAGGCUGACCGUGGCGCGAUCCGAGGAGGAACGUAAACUCAUGAUCGAUGAGAUAUCGCAGUUGAAGGAGAUGUUGAUGCGAGAGGUUAAUCAAGCCGAGAUCGACAAAAAGAGCAACAUGACAAUUAUUAACGACUUCAAAACGAUAAGGCAGAGGCUGGACACGCAGUUGCACGCGGCGAACGCUGAACUGAACGAUUUGAAGUUCAAGAUCUUGAAUUGCGAGACAUGCUCCAAGCAUAUACAGAAGAAUAAUUCCGACAUAACAAAUUCCAACAUGAUGGAAGCAGUCAACGACAGCGAACGGAUAAGGGAACUAGAAUUAGAGCUGGCACAGACUAAGUUGGCACAUGUAGAAGCCGAAUGUAGAAAUCAGAACCUGACUCACCAGUUGAGGGCGACGGAAUUGGAAUUAACAACUGCCAAAAACAAUUGGCUGAGCAAGACGUUAAGUUCCAUCAAAGAAGUGGCGAAUAAGAAAGAUUUUCCAAACUUUUCCAUUACCCAGUCGAACAUUCCGAACACCACACCCAGUUUUAUAUCCCACAUAAACGCGGUUAGGAGAGACAGCGUGCCAUUGAAACAUGACAAGUUCAAGCCUAACGAGGCGAGGAGGGAGUCCGCUCCCAUCAUGAAGGAUUCCCAGAGCUGCAGCAGCCUGAAGACCCAAAACUGAUCUUUGCUUCACUUUUUUCGUUGAAGACCUUUUAUUUAUUAUUUUUCACCUCCGUUUGACGAGAUUGAUAUUACUUUUUACCUUUUAUUCGAGAAUUUGAUAUUAUUUUUAGAUAUUGUACGCAGUAUUUGUAUUUUAUUUUUUGUUAAACUGGAUUUUUAUUCGUUUACUGACAUUUCUAAUAAACGUAACUUGUAGUAAAUGCGCAUAAAGGUGAGUAUAUUGUAUAUACGUUUUCGAUGCCCGUUUGCUUGGCCAUCGGCUCGUUUAAUGUUGACAACAACCCUUCGCCAUUGAUGUAACAGAAGAAGACUCGAAUGCUACGCAAAUAAACCAAACAUGAUCAUACGUGUGCGAUUUCAUCUUGUGUAAAAACUCUUAGCCAUAUUUUAGUGAUAAUAGUUGUGAUAGCUAACUUGUGUUUUAAGUCGUUUACUGUAUAAUUGGUACCACCGAAAAAUAUUAUGCACCCAUUUUUAAUAAAAAAAAUUAAAACCUGAA